AUGAUCACUCGAACAAACCGUCAGCUAUUCAAUAAUGGAAAACGUUGGAGGACGGCGGCGGCGUCGAUGAAGAAUUACUUCUUCCCGGAAACGAUCGUCACAACACUUCCCAAUGGAUUUCGGGUGGCCACCGAGGAUAUUCACAUACCGACUGCUACCAUUGGCGUUUGGAUUGAUGCGGGAAGCCGUUAUGAAAAUGAGACAAAUAAUGGAACGGCUCAUUUCCUCGAACAUAUGGCUUUUAAGGGUACCUCUCGACGAUCACAAGUAAAUCUCGAGUUAGAAGUGGAGAAUAUUGGAGCCCAUUUGAAUGCAUACACGUCACGCGAGCAAACCGUCUACUAUGCUAAAUGUUUUUCGAAAGAUUUGGAUAAUUCUGUCGACAUCUUAUCGGAUAUUCUUUUGCACAGUCUACUAGGGAAGAGAGAAAUCGAGAUUGAACGUGGUGUCAUUCUUCGAGAACAAGAAGAGGUGGAACAAAAUUUUCAAGAAGUCGUCUUUGACCAUCUUCACACAGCUGCUUUUAAAGAUAACCCACUCUCAAUGACCAUUCUUGGAUCGACCAAUAAUAUCAAAACCAUCACAAGACAGCAUUUGGUCGACUACAUUAAGACACACUAUCGAUCGGGGAGAAUGGUGCUUGCUGCUUCGGGAGGAGUAAAGCAUGAUCAGGUUGUUCGUCUUGCCGAGAAAUACUUUGGAGAGUUGCCUAUUGGAAGUGCCGAAUCGGCGUUUAUCCCAGCUCAAUUCAAACCGUGUGAGCUUAAAUUCCCGGUGAACGAGCAAGAGAAAUGUUAUGGGGCAAUUUCUGUCGAAGGCACUUCAUGGUCACAUCAUGAUACAUUGACGUUGAUGGUGGCGAACACUAUGCUUGGUGAAUUUGAUCGCUAUCGAGGUGGGGCUUUCAGCAUGUCAAGAUUAGCGGCUCGACUUGCUCAGAAUACUGGAAUUUUAUCUUUUCAAUGUUUUAACACUUGUUAUAAAGAUACGGGAUUGACCGGUAUUUACUUUUCCGCGCAAAAGGAAGCUGUUUCUGCACUUGUUGAGGCGAUAAUAGCUGAAUGGAAAUGGUUAGCAACAGCAGUUGAUAAAGCGUCCGUGGAAAGAGGAAAGAAAACAUUAUUGACGAAUCUUUUAUUGAUGCUCGAUGGAACAACUCCAGUUACUGAAGAUAUUGGCCGACAAUUGCUUUGUUAUGGAAGAAGGAUUCCUGUUCCCGAAUUGGAAUACAGAAUAAAUUCAAUCAGCGUCGAAAAUGUGCGCGAUGUUUGCGCGAGGACAUUUUGCAAUAAAAAGUUAGCGACAACAUACGUCGGUGCAACGGACUCUGUGCCGGAUAACAGCGGAAUUGAGUCGAUGCUCAAGCUA